AUGGUCAAAAAGGUGAUCCUGUCCAACGGUGAAAUGCGCGAAGUCGAGAUCAAGAACGCGCUUUACGUCCCAAGCAUGAACAAGAACUUGCUGUCGAUACCACAAAUCAACAAAAGCGGCAAGUUACAAGUGGUGUUUGAUAGUGACAAGAUGAAGAUUUCGCACAAAGGCUCCAAGCAAGUAGUGGCGAUGGCCGAUCUUGUGGAUGGCAUCUACUGGCUUCGUACUGAAGAACUUUAG